CCAGUAUACAUAAGAGAUGAAGUAUGUGACAUUCUGAGUACCCUAGAUUGUUCUAAGGCAUGUGGUCCCGAUGAUGUCAGUUCCAAAGUUCUCAAGGAAUGUAGAUCUGUCCUGGCGUACCCUUUAAGUUACCUUUUCAACAUUUGUCAUAUUAACUCGGUCUUUCCUUCUGACUGGAAACUAGCUAGUAUAAAUCCACUUUUCAAAUCUGGCGACAGCCAUGUAUGUAAAAACUACAGACCAAUUUCAUUACUAUCCAUUCUUGGUAAAGUUAUUGAAAAAUGUAUA